UUUUUUUAGUGGCGAAAGCGGUGCUGGGAAAACCGUAGCAGCAAAAUAUAUCAUGGGAUACAUUUCCAAAGUGUCUGGAGGUGGCGAAAAAGUCCAGCACGUCAAAGAUAUCAUCCUCCAAUCCAACCCAUUACUUGAAGCCUUUGGCAAUGCCAAGACCGUCAGAAACAACAACUCCAGCCGAUUUGGGAAAUAUUUUGAAAUCCAAUUCAGCCGCGGAGGAGAACCCGACGGAGGGAAGAUCUCCAACUUCUUGCUGGAAAAGUCCCGGGUGGUGAGCCAAAAUGAGUGCGAGAGAAACUUCCACAUCUACUACCAGGUGACGGCAG